GCGGCGGCGGUUGGCGAGCCCGUUCGUGGGGAAGCGAAGGGACUUGCUGCGGCGGCAGCAGCAGCAGCCGCUGCUCAUCGGGGACGCCCGCGGCUUGCCCCUCUUAGCUGCGGCAGAAGAGCUUUUUGCCUCCCCAAAAUGCAACAGCAACACCAGCAACGUCGAAUGUUCACAGCUGCCCUCCUGGCACUCGUUUUUAUUCUGGCAGCUGUGAGUACCACUGAGGCCGGCAAAAAAGAGAAACCAGAGAAAAAGGCAAAGAAGUCUGACUGUGGGGAAUGGCAGUGGAGUGUCUGUGUGCCCACCAGUGGUGACUGUGGCCUGGGGACGCGCGAGGGCACUCGCACAGGAGCAGAAUGCAAACAAACCACCAAGACUCAGAAGUGUAAGAUUCCCUGCAACUGGAAGAAGCAAUUUGGAGCGGAGUGCAAAUACCAGUUCCAGGCCUGGGGAGAAUGUGACUUGAAUACUGCCUUGAAGACUCGAACCGGGAACCUAAAGAGAGCCCUUCAUAAUGCUGACUGCCAGAAGACUGUAACAAUCUCAAAGCCCUGUGGGAAGCUUACCAAACCCAAACCUCAAGAAUCCAAGAAGAAGAAAAAAGAAGGCAAGAAACAAGAGAAGAUGCUGGAUUAAUGGAGCCAAAUUGGGCAAUGUGAAAAAGGGACAUCAGUAAACACGUUCAGUUAACAGUUUCAUUUAUAUCUAGGCAUUUUAUCCUAAAAUUAUUU